AUGGGGAAAGACAGGAAGUUAGGCGACGUCGGUCACCGUUCGCCAAGGGACAAAAGGCGGGAAAAGCAGACGUUUGUUAAUGAAAUCGAAGCCAAGGACCCAAUAGUUGAUGACCCGAUAUUUUCUGCAGGAGACCCUGCUUUCUUUCCCUUAGCCUUGCCCCCUAUUCCCCCCUCCACCCUAAGCCCUCCUGAACGAUUUUCUAGCCGCGAUGCGGGGCUCCGUUUGGCUGACUUACUUUCUUUCUUUCUUUCUUUCUUUCUGCCGGCUGACUUUCUUUUUUCUUUCUUUCUUUCUUUCUUUCUUUCUUUCUUUCUUUCUUUUUCUUCUUUCUUUCUUUCUUUCUUUUUUCUUUCUUUCUUUAUUUCUUUCUUUCUACCAGUAUAUUUCCUUUUUUUCUACAGGCUGACUUACUUUCUUUCUUUCUUUCUUUCUUUCUUUCUUUCUUUCUUUCUUUCUUUCUUUCUACCGGCUGACUAUCUUUCUUUCUUUUUUCUUCUUUCUUUCUUUCAUUCUUUCUUUCUACCGGUAUAUUUCCCUUUCUUUCUACGAGUUGACCUUUUUCUUUCUUUCUUUCUUUCGCUUGCAAUUUUCUUCUUCAUUUCUUUCUCGUCUAUUUCUUUGCUCUUACUAUCUUACUUUUCUCAUUUUCUUUCGUUCUAA